AUGGCCGCUUCCACACGAACGGAGACGGAUGCGUUUGGACCUAUCGAGGUCCCCUCAGACAAGUACUGGGGUGCGCAGACGCAGAGGUCCCUGGGGAACUUCAAGAUCAAUCAGCCUCAAGAUCGAAUGCCGGAAGGCGUGGUCCGCGCAUUUGGGAUUCUGAAAGGAGCUGCGGCGACUGUGAACAUGAAAUAUGGCCUGGAUCCCAAGGUCGGUGAAGCCAUCCAGAAAGCGGCCGCCGAGGUGGCAGAUCUUACCUUGAUCGACCACUUCCCCCUCGUCGUUUGGCAGACCGGCUCCGGCACUCAGUCCAACAUGAAUGCCAACGAGGUCAUUUCAAACCGUGCCAUUGAGAUCCUCGGCGGGCAGAUGGGCAGCAAGAAGCCUGUCCAUCCGAAUGACCACGUCAACAUGUCUGCCAGUUCUAACGAUUCCUUCCCUACGGUUAUGCAUAUUGCGGCUGUUCUCGACUUCGAGCAGAGACUUAUCCCUGCUGUGACAAACUUGAGGGACGCUUUGCAAAAGAAGGUGGAAGCCUUUGACAAGAUUAUCAAAAUCGGCCGGACGCAUUUGCAGGACGCCACGCCUCUGACCCUCGGUCAGGAGUUCAGCGGCUACGUUGCUCAGCUUGACCGGAACUUGGAAAGAAUACAGUCUAAUCUUCCACAUUUGCGGCAAUUGGCUCAAGGUGGUACCGCUGUUGGUACUGGCUUGAACACAUUCAAGGGUUUCGCCGAGGGCAUUGCCGAAGAGGUGACCAAGCUGACAGGCACCGAGUUCGUGACGGCUCCCAACAAGUUCGAGGUUCUGGCUGCCCAUGACAGUAUUGUCGAGGCCUCCGGUACCUUGAACACUCUUGCAGUCAGUCUCUUUAAGAUCGCCAACGAUAUUCGGUACCUUGGAUCCGGUCCUCGAUGUGGUCUCGGAGAAUUGGUCCUCCCCGAGAACGAGCCAGGCAGCAGUAUCAUGCCCGGGAAGGUUAAUCCAACGCAAUGUGAAGCUAUGACUAUGGUCGCUGCUCAGGUCAUGGGUAACCACACCGCGGCUACCGUUGGUGGCUUGAGCGGCCAAUUCGAAUUGAAUGUCUUCAAGCCCCUCAUGAUCAGAAACCUGCUUCACAGCACCAGGAUUUUGUCAGAUGCAAUGAAUGGUUUUGUAGAGCACCUGGUCGAGGGUCUGCAGGCCGAUGAGAAGCGAAUCAGCACUCUUCUGCACGAAAGUCUCAUGCUCGUCACCUGCCUGAACCCUGUCAUCGGCUAUGACAUGGCAUCCAAGGUCGCAAAGAAUGCUCACAAGAAAGGAUUAACUCUGAAGGAGUCAGCGAUGGAGCUGAAGGCACUGUCCGAGGAGGACUUUGACAAAUAUGUUCGACCCGAACUCAUGCUUGCGCCAUCUGAGAAAAAGUGA